AUGGCAGACACGAAGCCCCAGAUCUCAGAGAAGAUCGAAUUGUCGGCUCCCACGAAAAUUACCUUCUGGCGCUUGGUUUUAGACCAAGGUGUCGUCACGCAACAAGUCAUCGACCACCCAUACCCCGGCUCAGGAACGGACGAGGACCCAUAUGCCGUCACAUGGAUCCCCGAUGACCCUCGCAAUCCUAUGAACUUCAGCGAAACGAGGAAAUGGACCUACACAGCGGUGGUGGCUAUUGCCACACUCGCUGUUUCCCUGGUUUCAUCGGCCUACACUGGUGGUAUCCAAGAAAUCAUGCGUGAUUUCAACAUUGGUCAGGAACUGGCUACUCUUGGUGUCUCACUUUUCGUUUUGGGUUUCGCUAUCGGACCGUUGCUUUGGGCUCCACUGAGUGAACUUUUCGGUCGCCAAAUUCUGUUCAUCAUCACCUAUGCCGCUCUCACGGCUUUCAAUGCCGGUGUCGCGGGCUCUAAGAAUGCCUGGACCCUUAUUAUUCUCCGAUUCUUCGCUGGUUCUUUUGGAUCUUCACCCUUGACGAACGCCGGUGGUGUUAUUGCCGAUAUGUUCCCCGCCAAGCAACGUGGUGUCGCUAUGAGUUUGUUCGCUGCUGCGCCUUUCCUCGGACCUGUCAUCGGCCCAAUCGCCGGUGGAUUCAUUGGUAUGAGCAACGGUGGCUGGCAAUGGGUUAUGGGCUUCCUCGCGGCCUUCUCUGGUGCGGUCUGGAUCAUUGGCUCCCUGGUCAUCCCCGAGACAUAUGCCCCUGUGCUUCUUCGUCAGCGUGCCGCAAAGCUCUCCAAGAUGACGGGCAAGAUCUACCGGAGUAAGAUUGAAAUCGACCAGGGCAAGGUUUCCCUCAAGAACUCAUUCAAGGUCUCGCUUUCCCGUCCUUGGGUUCUUUUGUUCCGCGAGCCUAUUGUCUUCCUGCUGUCUCUCUACAUGGCUAUCGUUUACGGUACCCUGUACAUGAUGUUCGCCGCCUUCCCUAUUGUCUACCAACAAUCCCGUGGCUGGAACCAGGGUGUCAGCGGUCUUGCCUUCCUUGGAAUCAUGAUCGGUAUGUUGAUUGCAGUCGGUUACUCCCUCUGGGACAACAAGCGAUACAUCAAAACCUCCGAGGCGCAUGACGGCUUUGCUCCCCCCGAAGCCCGUCUCCCGCCGUGUCUCAUCGCAUCUGUGGCCAUUCCAGUCGGUUUGUUCUGGUUCGCCUGGACCAACUACACCUCAAUCCACUUUAUGGUCAGUAUUGCAGCCGGUGUCCCCUUCGGAUUUGGAAUGGUUCUGGUAUUCCUCAGCAUCAUGAACUACCUCAUCGACGCCUACACCAUCUUCGCCGCCUCCGUCCUGGCCGCCAACUCCGUCAUCCGAUCCCUCUUCGGUGCCGCCUUCCCCCUCUUCACCACCUACAUGUACAAAAACCUCGGUAUCCACUGGGCAUCCAGCAUCCCCGCUUUCCUUGCCCUCGCCUGUGUGCCUUUCCCCUUCCUGUUCUACAAGUAUGGCCCCGCCAUCCGCACCCGCUGCAAGUUCGCCGCGCAGUCCGAUGCCUUCAUGCGCAAGAUCCAAGAACAGGCCACCGUCGUGCCUGUCGACGAUGAGAAAGUCAACUACGAUCGCACUGAGGCCCCCAAGGCCGAGGGCUCGCUGUCCAGCGAGUCCGAGGAUGAGCAUGACGUGCUUCCAUCCACAGAGCGCAUUCGCAGCCGCGCCCAAUCUGUUGCAUCUAAUCGCACCGCUGGCUCGAUGCACCGCACUGUCACUUACGAGGGAAACCCCUAUGACAUUGACCGUGUCAAUACCCGUGAAUCCUUCAAGCAGUAA